CGCAUAACCACAGCGCUUCUUUCAAUCUCAAGGUUGAAUGUCGUGGAAGUUCUUUGUAGUUUUACACCUGGUUCUUUUUCAUAAUGAAGUUAGUUCAGAACAUAAUAUGGAAAAACUUAAGUAUCGUGUCAAGAAAAUUUUCUACCAUGCAUAUGAUAACUACCUGAAAUAUGCUUAUCCUUUGGAUGAGUUACGACCACUUUCAUGUGAUGGUCAUGAUACUUGGGGCAGUUUUUCGCUUACCCUGGUGGAUGCGCUUGACACUCUGGUCAUAAUGGAUAAUUUUACUGAGUUCCGUCGUGCCGCACGUGCUCUCCUACAACAUCUGGAUUCCGAGAAAAAUGUUAAUGCCUCAGUUUUCGAAACCAAUAUCAGAGUUGUUGGUGGUCUUAUAUCUGCCCAUUUGUUAUCCCGCAGAGCUGGGUUUGAAGUAGAACCAUCGUGGCCAUGUUCAGGAGCUCUUCUAAGACAGGCAGAAGUGUUUGCUAAUAAGCUCCUGCCAGCUUUUGACACUCCCACUGGAAUGCCAUACGGAACUGUAAAUUUUGAGUUAGGUGGCGUUCCUAAAGGCGAAACAACUGUAACAUGUGUUGCUGGUAUCGGAACUUUUAUUUUGGAAUUUGGAGCUCUCUCGCGUUUAACAGGGGAUCCUAGAUACGAAGCUGCUGCAAUGCGUGCUCUGAAAGCUAUCUGGAAGUAUAGAUCUUUUCUUGGAUUACUAGGUAAUCAUAUUGACAUUAAAACGGGGAGUUGGACUGCGCGUGAUGCUACUAUUGGUUCAGGAGUUGAUUCCUAUUUUGAAUAUUUAGUUAAAGGUGCAGCACUUUUUCGUCUUCCUGAAUUAGAUGCAAUGUUUCGAGAGUACAGAAUAGCAAUUGAAAAAUAUAUUCGACAUGGUGACUGGAAUCCAAUGAUAAACAAAGAUAAAGGUGGAGUUACAAUGCCAGUUUUUCAAAGUCUUGAAGCAUUUUGGCCUGGAUUAUUGGUUCUUACAGGUGAUUUAGAUGGAGCAAGAAGACAUCUAAUUGCUUAUCAUGAAAUAUGGAGACAGUAUGGAUUUUUACCAGAACUGUAUAGCCUAACUGAAGAGAAGGCAUACAAGGGUCGAGAAGCUUACCCACUACGACCUGAAUUAAUUGAAUCCAUCCUCUACGUUUAUCGUGCUACACGUGAUCCAGCUCUAAUUGAUAUGGGUGUGGAUAUUUUGACUUCCAUUGAAGUUUCAGCGCGGACAUCUUGUGGUUUCGCAACGGUCUCCGAUGUCACAAAACAUACAUUAGAAGAUAGAAUGGAAUCGUUUUUCUUAGCAGAAACAACAAAAUAUUUAUAUCUUUUGUUUGAUGAAAACAACUUUAUUCAUCAGUUACCAGGUGAACAUUCACUUACAGUAAGUUCUCGUUUACCAUCAGGACUACAAUGUUACCCAGAAUCUGGUGGUUAUAUAUUCAACACAGAAGCUCAUCCUAUAGAUCCUGGUGCUUUGAAUUGUUGUUUUGCAUCACGUUUAGAUGAAAUUGAACAAGCGUCUAAUGUGAAAAUGUUACUUUCUAAUUCUCCUCAACAUAUAAAGUUAACAGAUAAUGAUGAAACUAAACCAUCUAAUGAACACAAUAUGAAUUCAAUUACAGAAAUUGAUCUCAUUUCUGCUGUUGAUUCAGUUUUUAGUGAAUAUUUUCAAUCUCAGCUUAGUGAUAUUUCAUUAGAUAAUGUUUUCACUUGGGUGAAUAAUUAUUCAUCGUUUAACUGUUUUAACAAUGAACCUUUUUAUUCCGAUCUUAUUGAUUCUUGGAAAGAACUUCAUGAAAUUGUUGAAUCAUCUGUCUUGAAGUCUGGUAAAGACACUUAUUUACAGGGAUUGUUGGAUUUCAGUUCAACAAAAGCUCCAUUACUUACAUGUCCUUAUCCACCAUUUCAAAACCGAUUCGCUUUCUCAGGACUGUUAACCACAUCAAAUUAACAUAUUCUUUGUUUUAUGACUUUUAUUUUGAUAUAUUUUGUUUAAUAAAGCAUUAAGUAGUCAAUUAAUUCUGUGAUAACUUAUAAAGAAAUAUAGUAUUUUAUCGUUG